GACAAAGACCAGGUUCAUAUCAGCACACAAUUUUAAGAGCUACAUGGAUGUGGAUAUGACAAUGAAACUCAUCUUGUUAUUGUUUGUUACUGUCUUUGUUCCUGUUGAGACUAUCAGACCUCUCAAUCUGCAUAGAGCUCUUUAUAAUAAACUCAUCACAGAAUCACAAACUGAACCACAAGAGGAAAUUGUCAAUACACAUAAUGCCUUCAGGAGAAAAGUGUCCCCGCCAGCCAAGAACAUGUUGAAAAUGAGUUGGAGUUCAGCUGCUGCAGAGAACGCUAGAAUCUUGGCGAGGUACUGUGACAAAUCGCAGAGUGAUGCGAUUGAGAGGAGACUACCAAAUACAUUUUGUGGAGAAAAUAUGUUUAUGGAACAUUAUCCUUCUUCCUGGUCAAAAGUAAUUGAAAUCUGGUACAAUGAGUCUAAGUACUUCAAGUAUGGAGAAUGGCCGUCCACAGAUGAUGACAUCCAGACUGAUCACUAUACUCAGAUGGUCUGGGCCUCUUCCUACCUCGUUGGCUGUGAUGUUGCAUCAUGUCGCAGGAAAAAGGCAGCUACAUAUCUCUACGUGUGUCACUAUUGUCAUGAGGGAAAUAAUCAAGACACACUAAAUAUGCCUUAUAAGGUGGGCUCACCAUGUGACGACUGUCCAAAUAACUGUGAAGACGGACUGUGCACUAACCCCUGCCUUUAUUAUGAUGAAUAUAACGACUGUGAUAAGCAGGUAAAACUUUACGGAUGCUCACAUCGAGCCGUCCAGCCAUUCUGCAAGGCCUCUUGUCUGUGUACAACUGAAAUAAAAUAACCUAGUGUUUGCUACUGUGCUGUGGAGAUAAAGGCUGUUUUCAGGAUCAUUUAUUUCACCUGGAUGUUAUGUACUGUAAGACCCACUACUGAAUUUCAUUUGUUUUUUUAAACUAUGCCUCAAAACUUAAUUUUUAACCAUCAUUUAUAGACAUCAUUGUACUUUCAUCAAGACUGUACCCCUGUCAUGUAGUAACAUUGCUUUAAACUUCUUUGUUUGAAGAAAGGGCAAAUCAAAUGCUUGCCCCAAAUUUAAUACAUGUGAUUUGUGGUGUGUAGGUUGACGCAAUCCAAAGAAUGUAUGAGUCUUUUAUCUGUAACUUUCAGUAAAACAGUUUGUACUAAACCCCCUUUAAUAACAUCCCAUUUCCCAACAACCCUAGUAUUUUUUUCUUUAACUUUUCAACUUCCAUUCUAUUUUAAAUCAAACAUUAAAAAUAUUCA